AUGGCCUCGCUCGGUGAAGACUUGCUUGGAGUCGUCAACAAGCUCCAGGAUCUUGUCUUCAACACAAUCGGCAAUGACUCGCUGGACUUGCCUCAGAUUGUCGUUGUAGGUUCCCAAUCAUCAGGAAAAUCGUCAGUACUGGAAAACAUCGUUGGUCGCGACUUUCUUCCAAGAGGCAGCGGCAUUGUCACUCGUCGACCUCUGAUCCUGCAACUCAUCAACGUCCCCAGCAACUCCGACAGACCCGAAGGCGAUGAGAUUCACGUGCCACACACUCCGGCCUCUGUCGCUGGCCAAGACGAGUGGGGAGAGUUCAACCAUAUCCCUGGCCGCCGCUUCUACGAUUUUGGUGAGGUCAAGAGAGAGAUUGAGAACGAGACGGCCAGAAUUGCUGGAAACAACAAGGGUAUCAACCGUCAGCCCAUCAACUUGAAGAUCUACUCGCCCCAUGUUCUUAGUCUGACUCUGGUCGAUUUGCCUGGUCUCACAAAGGUUCCCAUUGGCGACCAACCUGGCGAUAUCGAGAAGCAAACCCGCAACCUGAUCACCGAGUACAUCGCAAAGCCCAACAGUAUCAUUCUCGCUGUUUCUCCCGCAAACGUCGAUCUGGUCAACUCCGAGGCUCUCAAGCUUGCCCGUCAUGUCGACCCUAUGGGAAGACGUACCAUUGGUGUCUUGACCAAGCUGGACUUGAUGGAUCAUGGAACGAACGCCAUGGACAUUCUUUCUGGUCGCGUGUACCCCUUGAAGCUGGGUUUCAUUGGUGUUGUCAACCGCUCUCAGCAAGAUAUCCAAGGCAACAAGUCGCUCUCUGAUGCCCUCUCUGCCGAGAGAGACUUCUUCCGCACACACCCCGCCUACCGCAAUAUGGCCACCCGUUGCGGUACUCAAUACCUCGCAAAGAGCCUCAACACUACCUUGAUGGGUCACAUCCGCGAGCGAUUGCCAGACAUCAAGGCUCGUUUGAAUACUCUGAUGGGCCAGACUCAACAAGAACUGGCCAGCUACGGAGAUGUCGCCUUUGCCGGCAAGGAACACCGUGGCUCGCUUGUCUUGCAGCUUAUGACCCGUUUUGCUACUUCCUUCAUGUCAUCUAUCGACGGAACAUCUUCCGAAAUCUCGACCAAGGAGCUUUGCGGUGGUGCCAGGAUCUACUACAUCUUCAACUCUGUUUUCGGCAACUCUCUGGAGACUAUCGACCCAACAACCAAUCUCUCUGUUCUGGACAUUCGCACUGCGAUCCGUAACUCUACUGGUCCUCGUCCCAGUCUGUUCGUCCCCGAACUCGCUUUCGACCUCCUCGUGAAGCCUCAAAUUAAGCUGCUCGAGGUCCCCAGUCAGCGUUGUGUUGAGUUGGUUUACGAGGAGUUGAUCAAGAUCUGUCACAGUUGCGGCUCAUACGAAUUGUCGAGAUACCCUCGCCUACAAGCGAAGCUGAUCGAAGUUGUUUCUGACUUGCUCAGAGAAAGACUGGGCCCUUGCUCGCACUACGUCGAGUCGCUCAUCUCUAUUCAGCGCGCAUACAUCAACACCAACCACCCUAACUUCCUCGGCGCAGCAGCUGCCAUGAACUCUGUCAUUAACGAUAAACAAGAAAAGGAGAAGGCUCUGGCAGCCGCAGAAGAGAAGAGAAAGAAGGAAGAAAAGCGCAUGAAGGCUCUCAAUGGUGCUAACGGUGCUGGUGAACCUGAAGACGACCAAGAGAACGAUGCUGUUGCAGGCGGCAAGUCCGCAACCCUUCCUAUUCGCAGUCAUCUCAGCAAGGCCAGCCGUAGCAUGUCCCCCGCUGUUGGCCGCACUGGUGCGAGUGGCACAAAUGGCGCAAGAGCAGGCUCGCCGCCAAGAUUCGCAGGAGCUGGAGGUACUGCUAGGGACAGUUUCCUCAACUACUUCUUCGGCAAGGAUGGUGGUCUGCCGCCGUCAAACGGUCUUCCUGGCAACAGCAUGUCUUCCUCCAACCUUCCAGUUGGGAGCAGACACGUUAGUGCAAACAUUGAGCCUAGCUUCGCGGGUAGCAUUCGCAGAGGCGACACAAAACUCCCCGAGCGACCCUUGUCAUCGCACAUUUCCGUCCCUGGUGACUACGAGACAGAAGAGGCUGACAGUGGCUACGUAAGUCUUCCGUCUCCUUCUUCACAGAGCAAAGCUAACAAUAAUAUACAGCCACUAGCAGACGAAGGCCCAGCGCUCACCGAGCGGGAAGCUCUCGAGACCGAAUUGAUUCGUCGUCUGAUAUCAUCAUACUUCAACAUUGUACGAGAGACCAUUGCCGAUCAAGUUCCCAAAGCCGUCAUGCACUUGCUCGUCAACCACUCGAAGGAAGUUGUCCAGAACAGACUGGUCAGUGAGCUUUACAAGGAGGAGCUUUUCGGAGAACUCCUGUACGAGGACGAUGCCAUCAAGAGCGAGCGCGAAAAGUGCGAGAAAUUGCUUUCCACCUACAAGGAGGCUGCCAAGAUUAUCGGGGAGGUUUUGUAA